AACAGAAGCCCCAGAAACAGUCCCGCAGAGAGUUCCAUGGCCCAGAGAGAAGAGGAGCUCCGCAGUAUGUGUGAGUGCUGUGAGGUGUUUUCAGGCGACUGUCGAUGAUUGUGUAACUGUGUGUUUGUGCUCAACCUUUUGCCUGAAUCUUCUCAUCGACACAAAGGUGAAUGUUCUCUAUAAAUCUAUAAAUGGCAGCAGAGUGAGCAGUUACUAACUAAUAGAAUAUGUUCAAAGUCACCACUCUGCAUAUAGUGGAUUAUUACAUUUUGAAAUGCAUUUAUUUCACUUCAGUCUGUAAACAAGCCUCCCUCCCUCUUGCUGGACCUGGAGCUCUGGGAUGCGCCGGAGAAUCUCUUUGUGCAGAGGGAGUCAGUUCUGAUGGAUCAGAGAGUGAGUGAAUGCCUGACACUGGGGGUCAUUAGUGGGUUCCUCAGGUGUUAAUCUGUUCCGCUCAGAUGAUUGUUUGAUCCACAAGGUCGCGACCUUCUAGCUGCCGUUACGUCACCGUCACGAGUCAGCGCGACAGGUGACUUGAGUCUGAAGCGAUUAGAGUGUCCAGAUGUGUAAGAAUACCGAUGAUAAUCUCUGCAUGUUAAUCUGCGGCAGCGGAAGGAAGCACCGGCCGCAGGUCUCUUCCAUUGUCUCUCCCAAGUGUGAGCAGCGGCGCUGGAUUUACCGUCACCGGGGAGAGACAGUAGAGUGCAGCCGGGGCGGCCCAGUUAGUGAGGAUUACACUCUCUCUCUCUCUUUCUCUCUCUCUCUCUGUCUGUCUGCCUCAUAAUUUCCCAGCUCAGAUGCUCGGCGUCUCGCAUCAUCGUCAUCAUCAUCAUCAUCAUCAUCAGCUGCUGCGUUCAUGAACACAGACAUGAGCACCGUCGGAGUUCAUCGAGGAUACCUGAAGAAAUAUGGUAGGAAGUCCUCCACUCCCGUGACCUUCCAUUCAUGCAUUCACCUGUUCAUCCAUCCCCGGACAUUCAUCCGUUCACUUGUCCAACCUUCCAUCCGACCACAGGUUUGAAAGUCUCACAGAAACCUUCAAUCACAACUUUUUGAUACAUGACCCUGCACCAUCAUCUACCUUUCAUUCAUCCAUUCAUCUCGUAUCGAGGACCAGGGGGCUUCAUGUUCAAACAGUGGAAGGAGCGGUACCUGGUCCUGUCCAUGGAGGGAAGCCUGCUGGUCUGCAGAGACGCUGAUUCUCCUCCGGACCUGAUCAUAGCACUGCACAGCAGCUGUGAAGCGAUCGCAGAGGGGAGGGAGAUCCUGGACCUGCCCAAGCUGCCUGCAGGGGGCCGCAGGGACUGCUGCUUCGCCCUCAUCCUGCCCCAGAACAAGUACCUGCUGCUGCUGACCGACAGCCCCGACGACUGCAAUCUGUGGCUGAAGCUGAUCAGGAAAGUCAGAGAGGGUGUCAUGUCGCCUAUGACCCUGCAGAGGCAGCGCAGCCUCACGCCCUGCAUCACAGACCGAGAGCCACUGCCGGACUCCUCCAGCGAUAAAGAACCGGGGUCACCCAAGGUCAGCGAGGGCACCCCACCACCGCCUCAGGUCACGGAGCGAGGAGGUUCUCUGAGAGACAGACGCCAGAAUCAAGGCGGCUCGCCCCGCGGCCCCCUUCGCAGCGUCUCCAUGGCACCCCCUCACCGUGUGUCCGACUGCCUCCGGCACGGCAACAGCAGCGACGCUCGGGCGGUGAGGGCCGUGUGUCUGCUGAUGGGAGGGGCGGCAGCCUCCUCUGCUCUGGGGUACCUCAACUCCUGCUCGCCGUCCUCGCCGCUCGCCACCAGAGCGCCAGAGAUCCCCCACACCAACGGCGGGCUGUCGGACCUGUCCUCCGCCGGCUCCUUUCACGCCUGCAGCCAGGACACGGACUCCCCACAAUUCAGCAGCUUCGACUUCGAAGGCGAUUCUGACUUUGAUGCGUUUGACUGUGGAGGGUUUGCGUUUUAGUCCCAAAAUGGUUCUUCAGUUUUCCUCUCAACCUCAUCGCUCACUCCACCAUCCUGAUUUUUCGUUAUUGUCCAAGCAGGAAGUGGCGGCUGUGUGUUGGCUUGUUUCCCUGUGGAGUCAUGUGUUCUGUGGCACUCAGAGGAGAGAACACACCUCGGAUUUGAGUAAGUACAGUGAACAGUGACUACUUAUUACUUUUAUGAUUUUGUCGUUCAGUCGCUGGGGUGGAGGGGUUGAAGUUCUGGAUCCGACGGUGCUGGACCCAUAGAAUCCCAAACUUCAGUCUGACAGUGACACUUGAAUAACCCUUUGUUUGGCUCUUCUCCCCAUGUGUCACUCCAUUGUCCAGUCUUCUAACAACACCGACACGUGGUCCAGUUGAGCAUAAUUCAGGGGUCUGAAACCCAUCCACCACGGGCACAGUGAAUCCACAUUUUUGUACCAACCGCUUAAGAGACACACUUGAUUCACACCUUGUUAUUUAAUGUGAGCUAUGUGCUCUUGCUUGGUUGGAGCAGAAACCUGGACCCACUGCGGCCCUGUGAGGACCGGCGUGAGACCCCUGGUCUACGAAAUGUGAUGAAUGGAUGUAGUUUUGUAAAUA